CAUGUAAACCCGGGGGAAGAUGGCGGCCGCCGGAGAGUCUUCUCAGGCUGUAUCGGAUGAAUUAUUUCAAAACUUUUACUCGGAGGUGAAGCAGAUUGAGAAGAGAGACUCAGUGUUAACUUCUAAGCAGCAGAUAGACAGACUGCUCAGACCUGGCUCUUCCUACUUCAAUCUCAAUCCCUUUGAGGUGCUGCAAAUUGACCCAGAUGCAACAGAUGACGAACUGAAGAAAAGAUUUCGGGCGUUGUCCAUUUUGGUCCAUCCAGACAAAAAUCAGGAUGACCCAGACAGAGCACAGAAAGCCUUCGAAGCUGUGGACAAGGCAUACAAACUCCUACUGGAUCCCGAACAGAAGAAGAGAGCCUUAGAUGUGAUCCAAGCAGGAAGAGAAUAUGUGGAGCACAUGGUAAAGGAGAAAAGGAAACAGUUAAAGAAAGAAGGGAAGCCAUUGGAUGUGGAGGAGGAUGACCAUGAAGUGUUCAAGCAGGCGGUAUACAAACAGACUAUGAAGCUAUUUGCAGAACUUGAAAUCAAGAGGAAGGAAAGAGAAGCAAAGGACAUGCAUGAAAGGAAAAGGGCAAGAGAGGAAGAAAUUGAGGCAGCAGAGAAAGCAAAGCGAGAGAGAGAAUGGCAGAAAAACUUUGAGGAAACAAGAGAUGGGCGUGUGGACAGCUGGAGGAAUUUCCAGUCCAAAGGCAAAAAGAAGGAGAAAAAGAACAGGUCCUUCCUCAAGCCCCCAAAAGUCAAGAUGGAACAGAGGGAAUGAUGCUGUAAAAUUGGACUUCACUAGAUUAAAACUCACUAUUAUAAAUACCCUCAGUUCUGUGUGUCCUCACCUCGUCGUCUGCAGUUAGCUGUGUAGUCGUCAUCAGGAUACAACUUCCUCAUAGUUUUAUAAUUGGUUUUCUAAUGUACAUAUUUGUGAUCUGGACAUAGAGAUCAGCACCAUCUUUCAUUUCUGUAACUGAUGAGAAAAAUGUGGUUUGUCCUUAUUUUUGCUUUUUUUUUUCUUCAUUUUUUAAAAAUGAAAUAAAGCUUGGUGUUAA